AUGGAUCUUCGCGUUGACAUCGUCGAGACGAGGCUCUGCCUGGACCACCGCAGGAGGCCACCAGGCAAGUUCUUCUUCAGGUAAGUGAAUUUGCUUUGUCUCUUCCUUUUGUCUGUUGAAGUUCCGUGUCGUAUGCUGCUCUUGCUGCCUGCCCACUAUAUGUUAGUCUGUCUGUUAAUAGCUAUAUAAAACUCUCGUUGCCUGCUGAGACCGUCUGUCUGUCUGUCUAUGCCUCUCUCUGCUAAUAGCUAGGUGUUACGGUGCUUGACACUUGAAUGGUGCCCUCUCACUUCUGUCUCUGACUGAUGACUGUGUCUGCUCGUCCACUCUAGUUCUAAGUCCCAUAGCGUUUGUUUGAGUGUAUGUUCUCUCCUACUUCACCCCAUCACAUCACCAUCACCACCAAGGUCCCAGGCUAAUUCGGGUCGUUCUCUCACUAACAAAAGUUGUGGCAGAUAGUGGAAUCCGGCAGCCGUCUGGGAUAACCGGGCAGCCCUGUUCAGGGAUGCGUUGUCUGCCCUCGCGAGGGGGAGGGGGCUAGAAAAGGUGCCCUAAAGAUCGCUGGGAACCACGCUGUCUGCAGGCUGGCCGUGGCCGCAGACAAAAAACACGCGGUCGAAACAGCCAAAACCGGAACAACAACAACAAUCACUCUCUUCCUCUUCCAGCCUAUUCUCCUCCUUCUCCUCCUCCUACUUUCCGCCGCCGCAGUCGCCAGACUGGCAGGGUGAGAUCGCUCACUCUGGCAACCUGGAAUGUUCGUUCCCUUUUAGACAAUCCGAGGAGCAACCGACCGGAACGGAAGACGGCGCUAGUGGCACGAGAACUCGCGCGCUACAAGGUGGACAUCGCCACACUCAGCGAGACCCGAGUCUCCGAACAAGGCCAACUGGAGGAGGUGGGUGCCGUCUACACCUUCUUCUGGAGUGGUCGACCCAGGGCAGAGAGACGGGACGCGGGCGUCGCCUUCGCCAUCCGGAACGACAUCGUGGAACGACUGCCCUGUUUGCCGCAGGGCAUCAAGGACCGCCUGAUGAGCCUCCGUCUGACACUCCGCCGGGGUGGGGGCAAAUUCGCCACCAUCAUCAGCGCCUACGCUCCGCCGAUGAGCAGCCAUGACGCCGCAAGAGACAAAUUCUAUGAGGACCUGCACGCCCUCUUGGCGACUGUGCCGAAGGCGGACAAGUUGAUUGUCCUUGGCGGCUUCAACGCCCGCGUCGGCACAGACCAUACUGCCUGGAGAGGAGUGCUCGGUCCCCACGGUCUCCGCGGCUCCAACGACAAUGGUCUGCUGCUGCUCCGCACCUGCGCAGAACACCGCCUCAUCCUGACGAACACGUUCUUCUGUCUGCCGGAGCGAGAGAAAGCCACCUGGAGGCAUCCUCGGUCGCGUCAGUGGCACCUGCUGGACUAUGUCCUCGGCCGGAGGCGAGAUCAGCGGGACGUCCUGGUGACGAAGGCGAUCGCGGGUGCUGACGGGUGGGCCGACCAUCGCCUCGUCAUCUCGAAGAUGCGUAUUCGCCUACAGCCUCACAGGAGACCACAAGGUAAGCGACCCCCAGGUAAGCUGAAUGUUGCUUUGUUGUCUUUGCCCGCUCACCAUCUUCAUUUCAGCAAUGAGCUAGCUUAACGGCUAGACAACAUUCCAAUCGCUGCCGCCGCCGACGACGCCGCCGCUGCCGAGAACGCCUCCGUGGAGAACCGCUGGUGUCAGCUGCGAGACACGGUCCAGUCGACGGCGCUCGCCGUCCUCGGUCGCGCUCCCCGCCAACACCAGGACUGGUUCGACGACAACGACGCCGCCAUCAGAAAUCUGCUAGCUGAGAAGAACCGCCUACACAAAGCCUACGUAGACCACCCCACGGUCGACAACAGAACUGCCUUCUACCGCAGUCGCCGUCACCUUCAGCAACGACUGCGCGAGAUGCGGGACGCCUGGACUGCUCGCAAAGCUGAGGAGAUCCAAGGGUACACGGACCGCAACGAAUGGAAGAACUUCUUCUCCACGAUCAAAGCUGUCUACGGUCCGCCGACGAAGGGCACUGCUCCUCACCUCAGCGCCGACGGCAGCACUCUCCUGACUGAGAAGACGCAAAUCCUGCAGCGAUGGGCCGAGCACUUCCGAGGCGUCCUCAACCGCGCUUCCGUCAUCUCCGAAGCCGCCAUCGCCCGCUUGCCGCAAGUGGAGACCAACGCGGACCUCGACCUCCCGCCAUCUCUCCAGGGGACCAUCAGGGCCAUGCAGCAGUUCUGCAGCGGGAAAGCAGCCGGAUCGGACGCAAUCCCUGCUGAGGUCUACAAGCACGGAGGUCCCCAACUGAUGGAUCACCUGACUGCGCUCUUCCAGGAGAUGUGGCGUCAAGGUGAAGUCCCGCAAGAUUUCAAGGACGCAACUAUCGUGCACCUAUACAAGCGCAAAGGGAAUCGCCAAGUCUGCGACAACCACCGCGGCAUCUCCCUACUGAACAUCGCCGGGAAGAUCUUCGCCCGCAUCCUGCUCAACCGCCUCAAUAACCAUCUGGAACAGGGCCUUCUGCCGGAAAGCCAAUGCGGCCUCCGUCGUCAUCGUGGGACCACGGAUAUGAUCUUCGCCGCCCGUCAACACCAGGAGAAGUGUCAGGAGAUGCGGACCCACCUGUACUCUACCUUCGUGGACCUGACGAAAGCCUUCGACACGGUGAAUCGUGAAGGACUGUGGAAGAUCAUGCAGAAAUUCGGCUGUCCGGAGCGAUUCACUCAGAUGGUGCGUCAGCUGCACGACGGUAUGAUGGCGCGAGUCACGGACAACGGAGCUGUCUCAGAGGCAUUCGCAGUGACCAACGGAGUGAAGCAGGGAUGCGUGCUGGUGCCAACCCCCUUCAGUCUUAUGUUCUCUGCCAUACUGAUGGACGCCUACCUCGACGAACUCCCCCGGAUCCGCAUCGCCUAUAGAACGGACGGUCAUCUCCUGAAUCACCGGCGCAUGAACUUCCAAUCGCGUGUAUCCACAGCCACCGUGCACGAACUCCUCUUCGCCGACGACUGCGCCCUUAACACCACCUCGGAAGAGGAGAUGCAACGGAGCAUGGCCCUAUUCUCCGCCGCCUGCGAGAACUUCGGUCUGGUCAUUAACACGCAGAAGACGGUGGUGAUGCAUCAGCCGCCUCCCAACUCAGCCACAGCCCCCAACGCGCCGCCGCAAAUCAACGUGAACGUAAUCCAACUGCAAGUGGUAAAGAACUUUCCUUACCUGGGCAGUACCCUCUCCCGCAACACCAAGAUCGAUGACGAAGUCGCCAACAGGAUCUCGAAAGCCAGUCAAGCCUUCGGUCGCCUCCAAAGCACAGUUUGGAAUCGUCAUGGUCUUCAACUAAGCACGAAGCUAAAAAUGUACAAGGUCGUCAUCCUGCCGACACUACUGUAUGGAGCGGAGACUUGGACGGUGUACACGAGGCAGGCACGCCGACUGAACCACUUCCACCUCAGUUGUCUUCGUCGCAUCCUGAGGCUGAACUGGCAGGACCGAAUUCCCGACACUGAUGUGCUGGAACGAAUGGGAAUCCUCAGCAUCUACGCCAUGCUGAGACAAAUGCAGCGGCGCUGGAGCGGCCACCUGGUGCGCAUGGACGACGAGCGACUACCCAAACGACUCUUCUACGGAGAUGUCGCGACGGGUUCUCGCCGUCAAGGAGGCCAAAUUCGCCGUUACAAGGACACUCUGAAGUCCUCCCUGAAGCGCAUGCAAAUCAACCCCAUCGACUGGGAGGAGCUCGCACUCGAUCGACCGACAUGGAGAAGGACAGUGAGGACAGGCGCUGCGAUCUACGAAACCAACCGCAUCGCCUCCACCAAAGCCAAACGCGAACCCGCAAAUCACAGAUGCGCCCACCCCGUAAUGCCAACGCACAACCGCCUCCAACGUAUCUUCAGUGUCAACGGACAUUCCGGGCACGAAUUGGACUUGUUGGACACCUUCAAAUCAACUGCUCCACUCGGACCGCACCAGCCGUUGUCCUUCCGUCCUCCUCCUCCUCCUCCUCCUCCUCCUCCUCCGCUGUCCAAAACACUGCCGUUGUGGCGGCUGCCACGCACAUCAACAUUACGCACAAUCCUGACACAACAUCAAACACCAGCACUACAACCUCCGACACCAGAGGUGAGUACCAGGACUACACCUGCCCUCACUGCGACCGCACCUUCACCUCACAUAUCGGCCUGGCCGGCCACUUGCGAAUCCAUCGCACAGAGACUGGCGAACCAGUUCCUGAAGCACCCGCCUACACCCGUCGCAUCCACUGUUCACACUGCCCUCGCGCUUUAAUGCACCGCAUGUGUCCAUUCGGCUGUCCACGAAAACCUGCGGUAGACAACCACCAGCUACACCACACCACGACAUUCUCCCUCGCAGGCGUCUUCCUGCUCAUAAACAUCAUCCACCGCAAACACCCAACUGCCACGUCCCACGUAAGUGGGAAGUGUGCGUCUCGAUUCAGUCUCCGUGCGGCUCCUGUUGUUGGUUAUUUAUUGUGUGGACCAAGGGGUGUGUGGUGGAACGCCAAUAUGCGUGCUCGAUCGUGCCAUCCACCAGCGGCCUCCCUCCUCUCCGGUCAGGCUGAACAUCAUAGGUCACGAAGUUCGAACUGCCACAGAACUGUGCAGUGAAUGUAGACCAGGUUGCGCACUUUAUAAGAAGCAUUAAUAAACGCGUUGAUGCCAUGCUGUAUAAACGCAAGUUUCACGGACUUAAAAGAUCUCAUAAUUGGAAAAGUUUUUAGAACCCGGAAGAAACCUUUUCUUUGAGUACGGAAUAUGAAGAAGACGUUCUUUGUUACCAAAUGAGCGCAAAACAGAAGAUUUUCGUCCGCCUUUUCUAUAAAAAAUAAUCGAAUUUAUAAGAGCAUCGAAAAUCAACGCGAAAAGUGCAUAUUUCUUAAGUGGCCAUUGUCUACAAAGUAAAGUUUUAGCAGCCGACUGAAGAGAAGCUCAUUCAAAAGCCGGCAUUCUGGGGCGACCAAAAUGUCAUAGGAUUAUGCUGCAUGAUAUUCAGUAGUCCGACACAACUUAGGUAAUCCAUUCUGUCAACUGUGGUUAUGCAGCCACACCCGAGGCAAACAAACCCCAGCCGCUUGUAAUACGGGACCGGUGGUAAUAGGGUUUUUUAAAGGUGGGGCCGGGGAACGCACAGACGACGAGGUCGAGUAAUAAUAUGCAAAGGAGAAGCUAUCGGGAAUGUGAGGUUGUACUUUGAGUGGUUGGGAAACAGUGACUCUAACCCCUAACCAUAACCCUUAACUCUAAGCCCUAACCCCCUGACCCUAAUCCCUAAAUCUGACCCCUUACUCCUAACCCUAGCCCUAACCCUAAUCCUUAACCGCAGCCCUAAACCCUAAUCCUGAAACAUCGAACGCAAAAUUUAGACGUGACAAUAGUGCGAAAGUCAGGAAAGAUCACUGUCGUCGGGCCGAAGAAGGUAGACACAGCAACAAUGAAACAAGGCCGCCAACAGAACACACGCCGCAAGGCACAGCAACACCAUGUCAACGUAGUCACGCCAACUCAAAAUAAUUUAAGGGGUCAACAGUAUUGUGUCCACCAGGUGCGGCUACCUAACCAAAUUACCAUCUUUUGAAGUCGAAGACCCAUCUCAGAAUUUCGGUUAGCGUUUCAUGAGAGAACCCAUCAGCUGUGGUGGUGGUGGUGGUGGUGGUGGUGGUGGUGGUGGUGGUGGUGGUGGUGGUGGUGGUGGUGGUGGUGGUGGUGGUGGUGGUGGUGGCUGA